GUGUGACGUCACACAAAAGUUAUUCUCAAAAAUCCUCUCUGAUGGGCGCAAUCUUGUAUUCUAUCAUUCUUGAGAUAGCUAUACAUAAACUCUGGAAAUCCAUUUUAAUUAACGACAACACCUUACUACCUAAUUUGGCAGUAAAACUAAAAAAAAUAAAAAAGAGCCCCUAGAAUUCCAUCUACUCUUAACAAAAUAAUAACAACAGCAAACGCAUUAGGCAUUCCAAUCAACUAUGAGAUUAGCAAGCACUUCAUAUUUCCUCCUUGGCAACUUCAACCUACUUCAAUUAACUACUCCUUACACCGAUGGGCUACUGAUAUUCAUACACAGGAAUUCUUAACCUGAAACAACAAAUACCUUCCUUCAGAUUUAUUUAUACAGAUGGAAGUAAACAGGGUGACAUGCUCGAACUACGCGGCGGAAACAAUAGCCAUUCAUGAGGCCAUUAUAUUUGCCAGUCACACCCACGGAAAAUUUGCCAUAUGUACGGACUCGCUUUCGUCGUUAAAAUCAAUAUCUAAUUUAACUAAUGACAACUUCUACACCAACUCCAUAAGAAACUUACUUAUAAAAAAUAAUAACAAAAUUAAACUUAUCUGGGUACCUGGCCACACAAAAAUAACAGGCAACGAGAUAGCCGACACAGUAGCAAAAUCCGCACAUAAUCUACCACUUAUAACUACGCCUAACAUACUAUAUCCCGAUAUACUAAGACACAUAAAAGAUAUAUUCAACAGACGACACCAAGAGUUAUACGAUAGAACAACUAACUGGCAUAACCAGAAAAGACUUUGUAAAGAUUACAAGACUCAGACUGGGUCACACGAGGAUGUCCCACGAACAUAUAAUUAGUAAAGAAAGUAGCAACUGUAAAUACUGUAACGCAUCCAACUCAACAGUAGAGCAUAUUUUAGACUACUGCAUUCAUUUCAGAAGACACAGGAGUUCUCUUAAUAAUACUAAGCCUUCAACCCUACUAACUGAUCUAACAAUUGUAAACAUAAAUAAAAUAUUAUACUAUCUAAAGUAUUGUAAUAUAUAUAAUGAUAUAUAAAGUUAAAAUAAUUAGCAUAAGUUACUGAUGUCAGUAAGCUUAAG